UGGCCAAUCGGGCUGGCGGCCUGUCGCGCAACGUGGCGACGGUUGGGCCGGCGGCGGUUGCGGCGCCAGGGGAAACGGCCGCGCGCCUGCGUGAGGGGGAGCGCCGUGUGGAGGCGGGCGGCUGCUAGAGACAUUUAUCACAUAAAAGAAAUGAUUGAGUCAGUCAAAAUAAGAAGACAGUGCAUGCUGGAUUUCUACUCACAUUAUGAACAUCUGUGUGCUCUUCAAGGCUCUGUCCCACUGAAAGCUGUGAAGGCUAACCUGAAUCAGGGUGCUCUUGAUCUAAUUGUAGAUAGCAUCAAAGCUGCUGAUUGGGCACCGCUUCUGAAUGCUGUCAGGCAUAAUAAGACUCUGACUUCUAUUGGAAUACGAAGUUUUCAUCAACAGGGUCUUGGAGAAUCAGGUGUUGAAAGAUAUAAAACUUACUUUAGAAGGAGAAUUCCAGCAAUUCGAUCAAAAGACUUGACUGGCCAACUAUGCAAAGCUGUCAAAGGCUGUCUCAGUAUAUCAGAUGUACUAAAAAAUUUAGAACUGCAGGGUUUGCUUCUGAGGGAGAGAGAUCUAAUACUUUUAACAAAGGGCUUGGCCACAGCUUCAUCUCUGGAGAGUGUUUCUUUGGCCCACUGUCCAAUUGGAGAUGGAGGAUUAGAAACAAUCUGUCAGAGUGUAAAGAAUUCAGCUACUAUCAGAUAUGUAAACUUCACAGGAUGUAGCCUCACAUGGCGAGGGGCAGAACAUAUAGCAAAUGUAUUAAAGCACCAGGCAAUGAAAAGACAUGGUGAAGCUUGGGCUGAAAGCCUACGUUACAGGAGACCUGACCUUGACUAUAUGACCGGCUUGAGGAGGAUUACUUUCAACUGCAACAUGCUUGUUGGAGAUAGAGGAGCAAGUGCCUUUGCAGACUGUCUAGGAGAGGACCUUUGGCUAAAAGCACUUGAUUUGCAGCAGUGUGGAAUAUCCAGUGAAGGAGCAAGGUCAUUAUUAGAUGCUCUUCAAACUAAUACAACAUUAGUGGUACUUGACAUAAGAAAAAAUCCAUUAAUUGAUCACGUUAUGAUGAAAAAAAUUAUUGAAAGAGUUCUUAUGAAUGGAAAUAGUGCUAAUUCAGAGUAUAAGUGGCUGACAUCUCCGUCUUCCAAGGAUGCUUUGAAAACUAGACCAAAGAAAAGAACUAUUGUCCUAGGAAGUGGUCGAAAAGGAAAAGCUACUAUUCGUAUUGUUAUCUGGAAGCAGAGAGGAUUACCGCCUAAAAAGUCUGUAAGUCCUGGGAAGAAAAAUACAUCUGUGAAAGAUAGUUACUCACCAAAACCACUACCACCUGGCACAAAAGGCUUCCUUCCUUGGCGGACUGCAGAACGUGCAAAGAGAUGCAGAGGGGGACAAGUGGAUAGUACUGAAGAAUUACCAGUGAAGAUUCAGACAGGUAUGCCUGUGAAAGUGACAGUAGAAAGCGCUUCUACAUCUGAAACUGAAGACACAGAAGAUGUAGAUGAUGUCAUCCAUCAUCCUGAUUUGGCUAAAUCGAUAGAUAAGAUUAAUGUAACAAAGUAUCAACAAUUACAGUUGGAGCUGGAAGAAUGCAUGGAAAAAUUAAAGGAAGAACAAAGAGCCAGAGUAAAGGCUGAGGAACGCAUAAUGGAGCUGGAAAUUGAAAAUGCAAGAUUAAGGAAUCUAAAUAUCUCCCUAUCUGAUGUUCUUCAUGCACAGUCAGUAACCAACAUGAUUUUGGAAGAUGAAGGUGUUCUAGGCAGCAUUGAAAACUCUUUCCAAAAGUUUCAUGCAUUUUUAGACCUCCUUAAAGAUGCUGGGCUUGGACAACUUGCUGCAUUAGCUGGGAUAGACCAGUCAGAUUUUGGUCUUUUGGGGCGUCCACAAAUGAAUUCUACUCUCGGUAAGCCAGCUAACAUGCUACAGGAGAAGUCCUUUGAAGAAGAAAGACAAGAACAUACCCAGAAUAGCAAAUUGCAUCAGUAUCUUCAUUGGAAUCUCUUGUUUCAGAACAGAGCUGGGGACCUCCAGGUUCCUCUUCCUGGCACGUUUCAAUCCCAGAUGUUUGUGAAUAAUGCCUUCUCUGCUGUCAGAGAAAUACAAGAACUUCAGACUGCUGGGCAACAGUACCAGCCAGGCUCAUGGAAGGAAGAUGAAGCUCAAACAAUUAGCCAAAAUAGGGAGGAUAAGCCUCGAAAUAGUACUCCAACGUACUCUGAGAGGAGAGUCAAACAAAAUGAACCAGCAAAAGGACACAACUCAGCAAGGCAUUUGGUUACCAGUCUGCAUUCAUUUUCUGAUUCCAGCGUACAUAUUAGAACUAAUGGUAGCAGAAUAUCCAGUGGUGCUUCUGGUGAAAAAAGCAAAAAUUGUUCCUCGAAGAAAUAUACUCCUAAAGCAAAUGAAACAGCAAUUCCAAAUGAUGGAGCAAGAGGAGACCAAAGUAGACUGCAGACAGUAAACUGCUCUGGAACUGAUACUGUAGGAUCUGGCUCCGAAAUACAGGAAAGUAUCCAAAGUGUUAGCAGCAUUUGAAGUGGUUCUAAAAUGUUUGGACUGUUCUUUACACUUAUAAUAUUAAAAAUAGAUUUUGGAUGCUUCAGUAUAGUUUGUGAAUUUUUUGUAAAGUAAUGUAGGCUUUGUAACCUUUUAAAGGAUUGCAUGCUGUUUAGUAUUCCUGUUUCAUGCUUGCGUCAUUUGUCACUAGAUUUUUAUUUUUGGCAACAUGUAGAAUGGUUCCCUUCAGUUUGUACUACAUAAAAUGGUUUCCUGGCAUAUGGACUUUAUUGUGUACCACAGAUCUCAUUAUAGAGUAUAAACUGUUUUGCGCUAAUAAAAUUAAUUUGAGUACAAUUUUUUUUUCGGUGUUUAUUUCCAGUGUAUUGCAAUGGAAGUGGAAAAAAAUGG